UUAAGCUCUCUAUAAAUAACAAUGCUUUUGUAUUGUUAACAAAUAACAUGGUUUUGAAAACAAUGCCUUCUCCAAUCAUGGUUUCAGAACAGCAGAAAGGUCGUGAGUAGAACGGUGCUAUACGGUAGACGGCGAGUGCUGAGCGGUGCAUCGCAAGUGCAAAAUGGGUUUCCAGCAAGGAAUUUUGCGAUAUGUUUUAGCUUUGCAAUUAGCAAUGCUUUUUUCGUUUUGCAAAGCGUCUUUCGAUGAAUUUCUUUAUGAUGUCUCAGGAAGCAGAGGCUUUGGGAAAGCAAUUGCCAAAGUUGAUCUGCCGUCGCCGGUUCACUUUUACAAUGAGAAGUUCACGGCCAUAUAUGCGCAUACAAACGGAUAUGUCACCUUUGCAGAUGAGAAAAUCUGGAUACCAAGCUAUUUCAGUCAAAACAAGGUCAUGGCACCAUGUAUGGUUGAAAUACAAGAUAACAAUGACCUUGGAUCAAUUAGAAUUGCUGUGACGUCAAGGGAAGAGCAAUUGAAUCGAGCAAAUUAUGACGUUUACGCUCACUUUGCGCGCGAAAAAGAAUUCAGAGCCAAAGCAGUUGUUGUUGUUACGUGGGAUGGACUUCUUUCGCAGAAAACGACGGUUCAAAAUGUAAUCAUCAUAGGGGAAGAAAAGACAUUUGCUUUGUUUCUUUUUAAAAACCGGAACGGUUUCACAUUCGACAACUCUGUUCGAUUUCUCGAAGCUCAGGCCGGGUUUAGCAGCGGAGACAGUGUUAGGCUCACAGAACUACUUGAUGCUCGGCGUGGUCGGCACAUUGAGUACCUUUUCAAGUAUUCUAAUACAUUGACUUCUGGAAAGUGGAUGUUCUUGAUUGGAUCCUCUGGCCUCUUUCAGGUGCAGAUGCCUGAUUUGCACCCAGUUUACAACCCAACCAGUGGCAGAAUGGUUCCUCAAGAUACUGACGAAUGCAAGGAAGGCCUUUCAGUGUGCCAUCGAUUUUCGGAUUGUUUUAAUGUGAACAUUGGUUACAAAUGCAAAUGCACUGCUGGAUACUUUGGCAAUGGAAGAGUCUGCAUCAGAAAAUAUUCAAUUGUUAAUCUAGAAGGAAAAGUCACUGGGAAAAUAAAUGAUGUUGGAGUUGAUCGUGCCUCUUUUGCUGCGCAAGUUUCAAGUAGAAAUGGAGAUCUCGUUCUUUCUAUCGAUCCUGUAACAUCAAGAAUCGGUCAUUCUUUGAAGAUGCUACCAGCUGUCGCUGGAAUAAUCGGCUGGCUGUUUGGGAAGAGUAGUGAUGGUAGUCAAGGUAUAAGUGUUGUUGGAAACCGAUUCAAAGCUACAAGCAUCAUCACCUUCAAAACAGGAGAAAUACUUCACAUAGAGCAGCAUAUGAAGGGAUAUGAUUCAUUCAACAGUCUAGUUUUUGACACAGAUGUGCAAGGAGAUGUCCCGAUCCCAUUGGCUCAGCCAGAGACUUUGAGUAGAAUUGGCUCGUAUGCUGAAACCUAUGCUAUGGGUGAUAACAUGAAGAUGUACAGCGAAGGAACUGCCUCUUACAUCAUUGAUGACGUAACAAUCGAAUACAAAAUAAACAGGGAAAUUAGCUUCGAGCCAUUUAAUGAUGUGAGCGCGUAUAGAGCCCUGGUUCGGAUAUCCAGUACAGAGACUUCGUUUUUUCAAGAUUCAAGCAGUGGCUUUUUGAGAUACAGGCAAAAAUAUACUAUUUCAGUCCCUUCAGUGAAGAUCAAUACAACUCCAAAGACUACAAAGGCUCCCAAGAAAACCACACAAGCCAUGCCGAAACCUACCUCUACCAAGACGGAGCAGCUGGAAAUAACAACAAAAGCUAAACCGACUGCGUCAACUUUUGCAAAGAAAGAAACGGAAACAAAGGCCGCAACUGAAACACCUUCAAGAGAAGAGGCAAAAGUUUUGGUAACUGGAAGCAUAAGGCAAGCAAGCAGUUUCCCAGACAACGCUAGACAAAUGACUUCUGUGGUAAGAGGGAGUCCAGAAAUAACCAUGCAGCCAACGAAACCUGCUUUGCCAAGUGAAGGACCGAUGACCACGCCAAUAACAACAAAGGCAGAUGUAAUGACGACAAAGCCACCUAACUGUGAACCUCAGAAGUGUGCUGAAAAUGCCAUCUGCAAAGCGGUGGGCGGAAGAGGAAAAUGCGUCUGUAAUAUAGGAUUCGUAGGAAAUGGCACUUCCUGCAUCGUUGACAGGAGGAUCAGCUGUGGCAGCCACAUGUGCGAUGAGCAUUCAGAGUGCAUCAGAGAACAAUCACAGUAUUUUUGUAAAUGCAAAGAAGGCUACAUUGGGGACGGACUCAGGUGUUUUGUCGAUACUCCAUGUGAAUGCCACAAACAAGCAGAAUGCUACAAUGAUGCGGAGGGAGCCAAGUAUUGUGUCUGCAAGCUUGGUUUCAAAGGCGACGGAUACAGCUGUGUUGAUAUCGAUGAAUGUCAGGAGAUGAGAAUAAUCUGUCAAUCACAUUCGCGUUGCGUAAAUUCGAUUGGCUCUUACAAAUGUGUUUGCAAUCAAGGUUUCCGCAAGAAUGGAACUCAGUGCUUAGACAUCCCAGAAUGCACAGAGAAAAAAGAUGCCUGUGGCGAUCGCGCUGUAUGCACGGAAAUACCCGGCUCCUUUCAAUGCUCGUGUCCAAAAGGGUUUCAUUUCGGAUAUAGAAAACGAAACUGCUUUCCCGAUUGUCCCAGGUGUCUCAAUGGUGGAACAUGUGUUGGUAAAUUUGGAUGUAGAUGCGCACCAGGAUAUUCUGGAGAAAUUUGCCAAUGGGUUGGAGAUGAAUUUCUGCUGUAUUCACAAGGAGGCAACAUCAAGAGGUUUUCCUAUCCUUAUGGCUCAAUGUCAUACGGGUACAUUUAUCGCAAGACAAGCAAUCUCAUGGUUGGGGUCGACUAUGACUGCAGAGAUAAAAAGGUUUACUGGACUGACAUCACAUUAGGCAGCAUUCAGAGAUCAAACUAUGAUGGUACUGCGAUGGAAAAGGUCAUAGAAAAACUUGGUGACCCGCAAGGUCUUACCAUCGACUGGCUUGGCCGGAAUAUGUUUUGGACAGACAACGGUUUCAACGAGAUUCAGGUUUCUCGAUUGGACGGUAAAUACAGAAAAGUUCUUAUCAAAGAAGGCAUAACCCAUCCACGACCCAUUGUUUGCAAUCCAUAUACCGGCCAGCUCUUUUGGGCGGACUGGGACAGACGACAACCUCGAAUUGAAGUAGCAUCGAUGGAUGGUACUGGCCGUCGUCUUCUUGUUUCACGUGAUAUUGGGCUGCCAAAUGGGCUCACAAUUGACUACAAAGCACGUGACUUAUGUUGGACUGAUGCAGCACUGCAAUUCUUGUCUUGUAUCAAUCUGGACGGGAGAAACCAAAGACAUUUUGGUAAAAAGAUUGGAUAUCCAUUUGGAAUCACGAUGCACAAUUCCAUGAUGUUUUGGACAAACUGGGUCACUGACAAUAUUGGCAGGUAUGACAAACAAAACAAUGAGAAGAUGCCUGAAGUCAACAGCGGCUUUGGAAGAGAUGGAAGAAUCCUAGACAUCAAAUCGGUCACGGCUUGCCCUUCACGUAAAAAUAUAUGCAGCUUGCAAAAUGGCGGUUGUAGAAAAUUGUGCUUACCAAGAAUUGAUGGUGGAAGGACAUGUUAUUGAUUACAGCGGAGACUGGAUUGUUCAAAUGAUUUGAAUGAAGGAUUGUUGCUGUUGACUGAAAGAAUGGAGGAGACCAGCUACUGCUUUUGGCUGAAAUAUGAAACUUUGUUGCUCGUACACGCAUCACUUUCUCUUUUGUUCGCAAAGCCCUUUCUUAAAC